UAAAUCACAAAUUCUAGAGGUUCCCCAUUUUUAUUGCUUAACACUGUCUUAUGCUAUGCGCACUACAUCAGCUCUUUGAAAAUUCCAUGCGUCCACAUGUCUACAAUGUAUAUAUUUUUAGUAGUAGUUCUUUAGGAAUUCAAGUGUUAUUCGAAUUAUUUCUUUGUAAACGUCCAUGCGUAUGCAUAAUGUUUAUCUUGUAGAGCGUAGCAAUAGUUUGUACUGGGACUGUUUAUAUAGUAUUCAUUCGAUUUCAAGUUUAAAUCCAAUGUCACGUUGUACAUCUUUUACAUUGUUGUCAUUGCCUAGGUUAUUUAGUCAUCCACCACAUGAAAGCGAUAGUUUCGGAUAAAAUAUACAAACAUGGUACAGAUGCUUUCUUGUCUUCGUGCCUUUUUACUCGGGUUCGUUAUCGUCCUUGGCUUUUCAGGAGUAAUGGUUGGUACUGGUUCUGGUGUAUUUCUUUAUCAAUUACAUGAUUAUUCAUUGUUAACUCCUACUGGAGUAGAUGGGCCACCUGCCAGUCUAUUAGGACUGAGUGCAUUGAGUUGUGUUCUUGCCUGGUUCAUUUGGCAAUUUGAUUAUAGUAGCAAGUCACAAGUUAUUUCGUUAGCAACUCUAAUAACAAUUAUUGGUGUAAUCGAAACUUGUGUAGGAAUUUGGGCAUUGGUUCGUCACCAACAAAUUUAUGCGCUACCAGAAAAAGUUCUUCAAAAGGCUGUUCUUGCUUUAAGUGAUUCAAAAAGUGAAGAUUUAUGGCAUCGCAUACAUAUAAAGUUGAAUUGUUGUGGUAUUAAUGGUGCUAGUGAAGAUUUUAGACAACAACAUAAACAUGUUCCAUGGUCUUGUUGUUAUGAGCCUCAGGAAAUUGAAAACAAUAAGAAAAAUUGUGAGAGAGGGUGUCAUCAUCUAGUUAUCCACAGAACACAGUCAAUUUUACUUUACACUUUUCUUUUAGCGCUUUCAUCAAUUAUACUUAAGGCCUGUACCAUUUCAUUAGCAUGGUGUUAUGCAAAGGCCAUCACUGAGGGAAUGUUACAUAGAAGAAAAAUGCUAAGGAUAGCAAGCCAAGCUUCUGCUAUUGCCAUGACUAAAAUAGCAAAUCAACCCAUGAGCGACGAAGAACAUGGCAUAAAUCUCAGUCCUUCGGUCUAAUGGUUAUGUUGAAUAUGGCGAUAUCAUCAAGAUUAUAAAUGUCUUAACUUUAUUGAUUUAUACAUACGUCAUUAUAUAAAAUUUCAUUACAUCAUUAUUUCAAACUAUUUUUAAGGAAGCGGAGGUAUAAACUUUGAUUAUUUUGCUUGUAUGUAUUUACGUUAUUCUGUCAUUUGUUGUAUCCGUACUUAUGUGAAAAACGUGAUAUUCUUGUGCUUGUGAGUAUAGUAUUAUGCUGGGAUAAGAAUAAUAAAUUAUUUAAUUACCAAGUCA